AUGGAUUAUCAGAAUAGAAUUGGCUCAAAGAAAGGGUCUGGUGGAGUUGCCUCGGAGUCACAACUCAACGUUCACAGGAAGCAACGAGUAUCGAGGCUCAUAUCGUCCCAGUUUGAUUUCGAAUCGGACCCAUAUGUGUUUAAGAACCACCUUGGUAGCCUUGAGUGCAGGCUCUGUCUGACGACGCACUCGUCUUCGGAGUCGUACCUUACACACACGCAGGGAAGAAAGCACCAGCUGAACCUGGCGAGACGUGCUACGCUUGAUGCUAAGCAGCAAGGUGGCACUCACCAAGCCACAGGCACAACAAGCGUACAGAAGAAGUCAUACGUCAAGAUUGGUCGACCUGGCUAUAAAGUGGUGAAGAUCCGUGACGUUGACGCUAUGGAGCUGGGCCUUCUGAUAACGAUAAAGUAUCCAGAAUUGAAGCAAGGCGAGGAACCUCUUUACAGAUUUAUGAGUGCAUAUGAACAAUCGGUUGAUACUGACAGUCAAGGGUGGCAAUACCUUGUUGUUCAUGGAGAGCCUUAUGAGAACGUUGCCUUCAAGAUUCCCUCGACAGAGAUCACCAGAAGUUGGGGUUAUUUUGAUGAAGACUUGAAAGAGUACUACGUUCAACUGUUCUUUAAGAGUCCCGAAGAAUUGACAUAGUAUAGAACCAUAAUAUAGACCUAGCUACACAGCAAGCUUCUUCA